AUGACUACGGUAUCACAGUUUGAAGCUGAACUAGAGAACUUCACAGAAGGGGUAGUUGUUGAUGAUUCAAAUUCCGCCGAGAAACCAAAUUUGAAAGGAGAUUGGUUGAAUUUUUUCCUGUUGUUAUUACUGUAUACGAUGCAAGGCAUACCAUAUGGUUUAGCAUUGGCAAUUCCGAUACUUCUGCAAAGCAACAAAAAUGUUUCUUACAAAGAUCAAGCUAUAUUCAGUUUAGUUUCAUGGCCGGAUAGCUUAAAACUAAUGUGGGCCCCUUUGGUAGAUGCGCUGUACGUGCAAAAGAUGGGAAGACGAAAAUCAUGGCUCAUACCGGCUCAAUAUACAAUUGGAGCAUGUUUUAUUUAUAUGGCCGGAAAUAUUGAUGAAUGGUUGCCGGAAACACGUAGACCAGACAUAACAAAAUUGGUAACAGUAUUCUUCAUCAUGAAAACCUUGGGCACCACGCAAGACAUAGUCGUCGACGGUUGGGCACUGACAAUGCUCAAGAAGAAUAACGUAGGCUAUGCAUCUACAUGCAAUGCAACUGGUCUAGUGAUGGGCUGGAUGAUAAGUUAUGCAUUUUCCGUUUUGAUGACGUCAGAAGACUUCGGCAACAAGUACUUAAGAAUUAGUCCAGAUAUGGGAGGAGUGUUUACUAUGAAAAGUCUAUUCUAUGUUUGGGGUAUCCUAUUUAUAUUAAUAACUACAUUGAUUGCAAUUUUUAAAAAAGAAAAAGAUAACAGAUUAGAGGACGACCAUGUAAAGCUCAACAUUGUUCAAAACUAUUCAUUACUAUGGGACAUUUUAAAACUACCUAGUAUUCAAUUGUUGGUGAUAGCAAUGCUGACCUCGAAGGUAAAUAUAUAG